UAACGUUACAGAAAAAUAGAAAAUAAUUUCAGUAUAUUGUGUAAACUACCACUAUAGUAUAACUACGUCCCUACAAAUAAAUAAAUUAUAUCUUAAUUUGCUCACAAGACUAAAUAUUGAAAAAAUUCAAUUACAAUAAGCAAUUGAACAAUUAAACUCAAUUAUAAAGUAUCCAGUAACAUGCUAAAUAAAACAGUUCAUUUUUAUAGAUAUUUCCUAAUGAGAAAUUCUCUUUUAAUGGGUAUCAAGAAUCGCAGUUAUGCCCUAACUGGUAAUACUAAAACAUCUUCAGAUUCGGAUCUAGAUUUGAUGAGAAGCCGUCUUAUAUAUCAAUCUAGAAAAAGGGGAAUAUUAGAAAAUUGUAUAAUCUUUACUACAUUCGCCGACAAAUAUGUAAAGACAUUCAAUUGUGAACAAUUACAAAAGUACGAUGCUUUGAUUAACAGUAAAUUUGAUGAAUGGGACUUAUAUGCUUGGUCUAUUGGAUCUAAACCGGCCCCACAAGAAUUUGACAAUGAUAUAUUGACACUUUUGAAAAAUCAUGUACAAAAAAAAUAAUGUAAAGUAGUAUAAAUAUUGUAUGUUAUUACCUAUUCACAUAAAUGUAUGUUGUGUUAUGAUAGAAUAUUUUGUUGCAUUAGAAACAGGUAAACAAUAAGUCAUGUCUUUUAACUAAAGCUUUCUUAUUAAAUUAUGAAUUAACUUGUUUUUUCCUCGAACAAUUACAACCCAAUUUUUAUCAAAAACACUACCUAUUCAAUAAAAUAUUGUAAUAAUUUAAGUGUUAUGUAAACCUAUUAUUUUAUAUUUAUAUGUCAAUAAUAUUAUUAUUUAUUUUGAAUAUUAACUUGUCUUGUAGUUGUUAUUAUUGUUACUAUUUAGAAAAUUAUAUAUUUUCUUAUUGUAUAGAUUUUUCUUUAUAAUUUGGUAUUAUAAAUUAAUUUGAUAACUAAAUACUAAACAGUUGUUGCAUUGUAUUUAAAUCUUAAAACGCUGUUCUUUAUUUUAUCAGUAUGUAUACUAUUUUUCUGUGUUCCAAGUUAUUAUGGAGCUACAUAACCAUCUAACCCCGAAGUUCCUUUAAUUUAAAAAAUUUAAAAUUCACUAUAGUAGAAAAUUCUUGUUAUGAUUAACUCCCAACUGUAUAAUGAAAAAAAAAGAUACAUUUUCGAGUAAACAUGCAAGGUUAUGCAAGUUA